AUGUUUAGAAACUGUCUAUUAUGGGCAUCACCAUCACAUUCACAGCUACUGGCUUCUGCAAAAUGCUUGGUGGUUAUUGAUGAUUUGUGGUCACUAGAUUACCUAGACUGGCUAAGCAGUUUUUUAGGAAUUAGGGAAACAGCUAGUAAAUUAGUAGCCAGCACUCGGUUUCAGGAAUUAGCAACAUCCAAUCCAUCGAUUGAACUUUUCAAGUUGAGGCACCUGACUGAAGAGGAAAGUUUGGAGCUCCUUGUUCGCAGAGUAUACGUGAAUAUCCCUAAAGAUCCGCAGUUGCACGGGAUGUUAGAAUUUAUUGUGAAAAGAUGCAAAGGCAUACCGUUGGCCAUUAAUGUGCUUGGAAGCUUGUUGGCAACAAAGCAGACAUCAGGUGAGUGGAAGGCAGCUCUUCGUGCUAUGGAGUUGUGCAACGUCCAUCAAGAAGAUAGUUUGCAGCUCUUUUGUUUCCUUUAUUUGGGCCUCUUCUCUGAGCAACCAAGCAUAGAGGUGGAAACACUAUACCAGCUGUGGAUGGCUGAAGGUUUUGUACAACCAAAUAACGAAGAAUCUGCAAUAACAACGGCGGAUGCAGCGGAUCAGUAUCUGGAUGAAUUAGCAACCAGAGGUUUUGUUGACGUUAAUGAAGCUGAGGUUCCGAAUAGCAGCGAUUCAAAUCUUGUCGUCUGCAUGGCAUGA